CAGUUAAAGGAGUGACUGCAUCAAAGGAACCUAACAGCACCUAGCAUGGCUCCCGUAAUCCAUCUGACACCUCUUUUUAUAAACCACCAUGGUCGCUCUGUAGGCGUCGCGCGGCUAUAAAGCCUGACAAGAGUAAGCUGCGUUGAGAGCGAUAUGUCAUCUCCGGGCAUGGGUACCCCCAGCGAUCCCCUCCUGGCCAGUCCCGGCAUGGGGAGGCUACCCUCGGCUCAAGAUGGACUCUGGAGGAGCUCGUUGCCCAAGACGGCCAGCUUCCCAACAUCCUCCACCCGACUCCUCAGUCACCGUGCCAACAACUUCCAGCGGCAGCCCAAGCGGCGGAAGCUGAUCCGACCUUCCCCCCCUCCGCCACCCAACACGCCGUGUCCCCUGGACAGACUAGACCUCAGCGAGCUGCCCCCAAGACGCGCCUUCCAGGAGCUACUCUUCAACGGUUGCAUCUUGUUCGGGAUCGAAUUCAGCUACGCCAUGGAGACGGCUUAUGUGACACCCGUGCUUCUGCAGAUGGGCCUGCCUGACCAGUUCUACAGCUUGGUGUGGUUUAUUAGCCCCAUUCUUGGAUUCCUGGUUCAGCCUCUCAUUGGAGCUUGGAGUGACCGUUGCACAUCCCGGUUUGGACGCCGGAGACCGUUUAUUUUCGCUUUGGCAAUAGGGGCGUUGGUCGGUCUAACUCUGGUGCUGAACGGGCGGGACAUCGGAGGAGCGCUGGCGGACACGGCUUCCAAUCACAAAUGGGGUAUCAUACUGACUGUGUGCGGUGUGGUACUGAUGGACUUCAGUGCAGAUUCAGCAGACAAUCCGAGUCACGCCUACAUGAUGGACGUGUGCUGCCCAGAGGACCAGGAUCGGGGGUUGAACAUCCAUGCUCUGCUGGCAGGACUCGGAGGUGGCUUCGGGUACAUCGUGGGCGGCAUCAACUGGGACCAAACCCAUUUCGGAAAGUCAAUGGGAGGUCAGCUGCGGGUCAUCUAUAUGUUCACCAGCAUCACCCUGGUGAUCGCCACAGCCAUGACUCUUACGAGUAUCCCCGAGCGAGCGUUGCCAAAGAGCCAGCCCUCCAGCAAAAACCAUCUGAAGAGCCCCAACCUUCUCCUUCCUCCGUCCCCGCCUGCUCCACCGGGAUCUGAGCUGGCAGUGGACGACGAGAGCGAGGGAGGUCACUAUGAUUAUUGCUUGUCAAAUUCGAGCCACCCUGACUCUUUGGCGCAUUCCUGCAGUGCCAACGCCCGCCUCUGCGCCGGCCUCACGAGCCCCAUAUCACCCAUGAGCCCCCUUACGCCAAAAUAUGGCAGCUUUAUAAGUCGGGACAAUUCCCUCAUCGGUAUCAAUGAAUUUGCCUCCUCAUUGGGGACUUCCUACAUAGACUGUGUUCUCAUAGACUGCUACACGGGGCAACAGACACCACAGGGUCUCCUGGCCCCUAACUCUAUAUCCAUGCCUCCGGGUGACGCCCCUGCCCCAGAAGAGUCCACCCAGGCAGAGAGGCAACCCGAUAGGGUGUGUCAACCAGACACAGAAGGUGCCCCACAGUACCAAACAGCAUCUCAGGUCACAUCGGGGCCGCAGCCCGGUCCAGAACCACGUCGAGGGUCCGCCACCGGAAUCCUGAAGCGACCCCAGAGUCUGGCACUCAUGGAGGAGCCUAUAGCGACCCAGAUCGUCGGGAUGGAGAACGGACGUAGGAGAACUGUGACAUUUAGCCACCAGGUUGCAAACAUUUUGCUGAACGGCGUGCGCUACGAGAGCGAUCUAAGCGAGAAUGCGGAGACGGGGGAUUCUCAGAUGUCAAUGAAACUUUUGUGUAUAGCCAUUUACCGGAUGCCUCCCUCACUGCGCAGCUUAUGCACUAACCAUUUUUUGGGCUGGCUGUCCUUUGAAGGCAUGCUUCUCUUCUACACGGACUUCAUGGGGGAGGUCGUAUUCGAAGGAGACCCCAAAGCGCCCCACGACUCCGAGGCCUACCAGCGCUACAACGCUGGGGUCAGCAUGGGCUGCUGGGGUAUGUGCAUCUAUGCAUUCAGCGCUGCUUUCUACUCAGCCAUAUUGGAGAAACUGGAGGAGCGCUUCUCUCUGCGCACGCUCUACUUUUUUGCGUACCUGGCGUUUGGACUGGGUACGGGUCUGGCCACGUUGUCCACCAACCUCUACGUGGUGCUGUCCCUUUGCGUCACCUACGGGGUGCUCUUCUCUUCGCUAUGCACACUGCCUUACUCACUGCUGUGUGAAUACUACCAAAGCCCUCAGUUCUGCGGCUCAUCCGAAGAGGGCACCCGACGCGGGAUGGGGGUGGACAUCUCACUGCUCAGCUGCCAGUACUUCCUGGCGCAGAUCCUGGUCUCGGUGGCGAUGGGACCCCUGACGUCGCUUGUGGGCGGCGCCCAGGGGGUGAUGUACUUCGCCAGCCUGAUGUCGUUUGUGGGCUGCGCAUAUUCGUCCCUCUGCGUUGUAUAUCAGCUGCCCGCCGCGGAGGGAAGAGGAGAAGUUGAAACUGGGGUGUGAACAUCAACAUUGAGAAGAACACACAGAGACCCCCCCCCUCCCCUCCUCCACUGAAGGUGGACAGCACUGAAAGCCAAAGACUCUUUUGGGUGCAUUAAAGCCAGCAGCAAAUAUUACAUUGAAUACCAUUUGGAAGCCAUUUUUUUCCUAUUCAAACACAGGCAAACAUCCCAAUUCAACAAUUUGUAGAAACCAUCACUGAUUAAUGCUUCAUCAGCAGAAUGUCAAUAUUUGACUACAUGUACAGAAGCAGCUUCCGUUUUUUUCUUUCAUGAAAAAAAUACAAUAGUUCCUUUGUUCAGGAUGUUUUAAAAAAAAAAGCCUUUUCAAAUUAAAAUCGAUCGUUUUUGGACUCGUGUGUCAAUUGUUUUGUCAUCCAUUUUGAUUUGAAUGUGCAUUUGAGCUUGAAUUACUCAGAUGCGCCAUACGGGGGAGCCAAAGGACAAGUGUAGUCGGCCCCCUUCGCCAUCGUCACAAUAGCGGUUGUGGGUUUGGAAUCAUUCCCUACAGCCUACACCUUAAAGUUUUAUUUUAUUUUUCAAUAAACUACACAGUUAACCCAACAGUCAAAUGAAAACUCGUCUCUAAACAUUACUUGGAAGUGGUAAUCACAUCAUUACAAUGUAGCGGAUCAAUGAUAUGGUUUACUUUAAUAUUGAGCGAAUAUAUUAUUUUAAAAUGAGAAUUGCACAAAAUUAAUACAAAGCAUGUAGUCCAGUCCAUCAUUUUGUCCCAUGGUCAUGGCAUAACCUAUACCCACUAUAUUCCAAGAACAACACAAAAUGGCAAACUCACCAUAUAGCGGACGAGCCCAGGAUGUUUGUUUGCUCCUUUCCGCUUCUUGGACAUUUUGAUGAAGUGGGUCAAGUGACGUCAUCUAAAUGAGGAGCUCUCAGUCAUGUCACGAAAAAGAGAGACGCACAGUCUAAGACAGACACACUACUCAAGACAUACUAUGCACACACCAUACAUUCUCCAGUAGACAUUACAGUAACACAUCACACGCACUCUGCGCUCUAAAAACUAGUGCGAGACAGACACAUACACGGUGGACAUUCAAGACAAAUUAAACCGUACACACCAACACACAGAGUAGAAAAUUAAGUAAAAAGACAUUUUAUUUGUUUGAGAAUAUACAAAGCAGUGGAUGAAGUAACCCGAUGUCACGGCUGGAUGUUAAAGAGAGGCAGUCUUGGACACAAAAGCGGGUUACCCAGCCAUAAAUGUAAACUCCGUAAGAAAAUGGGGAAAACAAA